UGGCUUGCGAAUGAUUACCGCGAAACGGUAGUAUCUGCUAUGGAGGACGUAAACACAGCAGCUUUUGCGGUAUGGGUGCAUGUUUUGUUAAUUUUAUCGAUACACCCAACAGAAGGAAAAUUCUACCGGUGGGGAAACGAUGACCCAAGUGUUGUGAAAUUAGAAUUUAAAAAUGUCGUUCACCAAAAUGACCAUUUAAUGCGGUUCAAACGCGAAACAAGCAGUGGUUCUAACAUUACUACUGACAGUGGCAUGGAACACCACGUAAGCAGCAAUACAUUUGUAAUCCCCAAUACAAACCAUACACAAGCCGUAGUUCACUGGUUCGGCGAUGGAAGUGAUGUGUUGUUUGUUUUAACCAGAGAGUCGCAGGCUUAUCGUGUGUUGGACAGUACAUUUUGGAGGUCAUCAGAUUAUGGCAAGACGUUUAAAAAGAUUGCUUUUGAUUCUGACGCUGUUCUUGAAAUGGUUUAUAAAUCAACAACUCAACCAGGACAGAAAAAGGUAAUUUUAACGGAUUGCACCAAUAAGCGUCUAUAUUUGUCUUCUGAUGAGGGCUUGACCUGGAGUAGGAUUGACAUUCCCUUCCCCCCAGACACCUUGGUACUCCACCCCUCAGAGCCCGGCUGGAUUCUGGGUUUCUCACUUUUCGACAUGCAGUUGUUUGUCAGUAGUAACUAUGGUAGGAACUGGACCCUUCUUCAUGAACAUGUGAUGCAAAACUUCUUCUGGGCUACAGAGAAUGAGGACCAGAAUAAAUUUACAGUCCACAUGGAAAUCACAGAUUAUCUUGCAUUUUCUGAAUACAAAGCCUGCGUUGCACCAGCCUGCACAGAUGUCACGAUGGACAAGAGCAUAGGAACCAUUGAUCCGUUUUCUUUGUCAGUUCAAAAUGAAUAUAUCUUUAUCAAGAAAACCAAGCCUGGAGACCACAACCCUGAGCUGUAUGUGUCCUAUAAGAGGGGCCCAUUCAGGAGAGCCUACUUCCCCCUGAAUGUACAUCCACGGGAUUUCCUAAUAGUGAAUGCCCAUCAGAACCAGGUGUUCGUGGCUGCAGACCACGAAGAGAACCUGGUCACCCUCUACCUGUCUGACCCCACCGGUCAAUUCUAUGUCCCCACCCUGGAGAAUAUUGUCAGUGACCAGGAGAGUGGGUGGUUUCAGCUGGAUAUUGAUCUGCACGAGGUUAAAGGUAUCCCAGGGACGUACAUCUGUAAUCAGUAUGAUGUACCAGACCCAAUGGGGAACCAAGUAUCAGAAAGAACAUUUAUUACCUUUGACAAGGGAGGUAACUGGAGACUUCUGGAACCACCAGAAGAAUUGAAGUCAGGAUGUAAAGAUGCACAGAAGUGUACCUUGAAUCUUCACCAGACAUACAGCAAAAAUAAGUUUGACAUCCCUGGAAUAGUGUCAAAGCCUGAGACCCCGGGGCUGAUCCUGGCCCACGGCAGGGUGGGUGAGAGUCUGUACAAUGGGGUACAGGCCAGGGUCUUCAUCAGCAGGGACGGCGGGAUCUCCUGGAAACAGGCACCUUUUGCAGGGUAUUAUCAUCUCAAUAUACUGGAUCAAGGGGGAAUAAUUACUGCCAUUCUACAAGACAACAUGACCAACACUGUGUAUUAUUCCACAGAUGAGGGUUCUACCUGGUUUUCUCACAUGUUCACAGACAAGCCUAUGAUUGCUGAUGGCGUACUGAAUGAACCUGGCAUUAACACACUAAUGGUCAGUGUGUAUGGGCGUCUUAGUGAGGCAGGGAACAGACAGAUAGUGCAGAUAAACUUCACUGAUGUUCUCCCUCGGAAGUGCUCGGACAAUGAUUACGAAAACUGGACUGUCUUUGAAAAGGGAUGUCUUUUGGGGAGAAAAAUGAUGUAUCAUCGGAGGAAGUGGGAUGCAAAGUGUUACAACGGGAGGGAUUAUGAGCGGCCUUCUAUCUCCUCCACAUGCUUGUGUUCAGAUGAAGACUAUGAGUGUGACUAUGGAUUUGAACUCACUGAUGCGAGAAAUAAAAUUUGUACCAGAGCAGACUGGUUCGAUGAAAACCUGAUAAAACAGAACUGUAAAGGUGGACACACAUACAACAAAACUCAGGGGUACAGAAAGGUGGCGGCCGACCACUGUGUGGGAGGGGUGGAGAACUCAGACAAAUAUCGACCAAUCACAGCCACUUGUCCCGUCCACACCCCUUCAGGUCUCCGCCUCAGUGUGUCCAAAGCAGCGUUCUCCACAGGGGAGAAGAUCUCAUUCACACUGUCACAAGCUCAGGGUUCAGAGUUUGUGACCAGGUACCAGUGGGACUUUGGAGAUGGUAGUGUGGUUACGCUGAAGGGUCUAGCUAACUCUACCCAGAAUACUCACAUCUACACCAAGGCAGGGAAGUACAACGUGACGGUUACAGCCUCAAACACGGGGGGAGAGGCAUCUUGUUACAUCACCCUACACAUUGAGGAUGUCUUAAAAGCAGUGUACUUGGAGCUCCCCUGGGGAGCCCAGGUGGGGAAACCCACACAGGUGAGGGCCUCACUGUUUGGGGAUCACCUGAUGGACUUUGGCCAAGUUCACUAUGUCUGGAAGUUUGGAGACAAGUACAAGGAGGAUCCUUAUCUCACCUGGAUUUCCGCCACCUCUCACCUGUACAACAAGACCGGGGAGUACACCAUCAGUGUGGAGGCGGUCAAUUCUGUGGGCUCAGUCACCAGAGAGAAGACCAUACAUGUCUAUGAUCAAAUUGCAACAGUCCAGCUUCAAUUAAGCAAAAACUUCCAAGUGGUAAACAGAGCAACAUUUCUCAGUCGCUCAGCGGCAUCUGACCUUCUGACCCUUGAACUUGCCAAGAUUUUGCACAUCCCCUCAACUAGAUUGAUCGUCACUGUUCCUUCCAAUGCAACAGCCCAAGUUAUGGACGUUACAAUUCUACCCCCAGAAACCAGAGGACUGUCCAUAGCCCAGGUUAUUUCAAUUCUUCAGGAUAAAGUUCAUGGUCGAGAAGUUAUCUUUACAUUGUUAAUAGAUGCAGAAAACACUAUAGAAGCUGUCAGCAUGAAAGUCAUACAUUCUCAAGAUGUUCCAAUACCACAAAAUGCCAUUCCAUUACAUGUAGUGACGCCCACUUCUUCACCCCAGUCGGCGGACACAGCCACUUCCAUAAACACAAACAUUCCUGUGAUUGUGGGGGUGUCGGCGACAAUUACAGUGUUUCUUAUUAUAGGAAUCAGUAUCUUUAUAUACAGAAGGAAAAAAGUGAAAAAAGAUCACAAUUAUUCUCUGAUAAUGAAUCGGUCACAGCUAACAACGACAGAUGACGAAGAGGAUUUUAUGGAUGACGAUGACUUUAUUGAAGGCAUCGAUGAAUAUUUAGAUGGGGAUGAUAAUUUAGAUGGCAGCUCAAAUAUUGUCAUAAAUACAGGUCGACAUCCUACAUUGGUAAUGAUGACCAAUGGUCGUUCGAUGAGUAAUCCCGAAACGUCAUCUAUAUGCUAGCAGUACUUAGUUCAUGUGUUUUAUUUUCAAAUCAUAUUUGUCAUGCAGAUAUAAAUUGUUUGUUGGCAUUACAUAUGUAUUAAUUACGAUUCCCAUGAAUCAAGCAUGUGAUCAAUUUUUUUUUUCAUUUUGUUAAAAAUGAAACGUGUUCAGCUUGUUGAAUGAUCAAAAAUCUAUUUUUAAUUAGAUGUCACAGUUUAUUUUGUUUUUUAUUUGUUUGAGGAUGAUAGUUUUAAGACUUGUUACUUUUACUCAUAAAAUUGAUAGCCUUAGAAGUAGAUGGUCGUUAAACUCUCUUUGUUUUAAAUGAAAAAGUGCCUACAAUUACAAUGAUUGUAUUUGUGUAAUUAAUGCAUGCUUACUACAUGUAUUAAAAACUGUUACAGGGUUAUUUUCGCCCCGUUAAAUCUAAUUAUCGGUUAAUUUGAUCAUUUUUCUCUGACAAAUUGACUAUCAGAUUAAGCGGAACCCUCUGUAUUAAAAACUCUUUACAGGGUUAUUUUCGCCCUGUGUUACUUUCGCCCUUCUACACUUGCAGACGGUUUUGCCUUGUCUUGAAUUCGCCCAAACAAAGUUCUGUUAAUUAAAUGAGGGAUAAUUGAGACAUUGGAACUCACCCAGUCUCAAAUUGCCCACUGACAACGAGGGCAAAAGGGGCAAAAAUAAAACGGGGGCGAUUAUUUCCCUUUAUACAGUAGAUACUUUUGAAAAGAAUCUCAAUAUGACUACCAGUUUAGUGAGAAAAGAACUGAGUAGUUUUAGACAAAUUCUCUGUUGUUUACAUGACAUUUUUUCUGUAUAGAUUUGAAUCUGUGUUGAUUUUUAUUUUGUUUGUUUGUUGUUUUUUGUAUUCUGUCCAUUUCACUGUAUUGUUGAGUUGAUAUUUAGUGCUACAUUAGCUUUCUCUGUUUUUAUCUUUGUCUCCUGUUUCCAGGGUAAUUAUACAUGUAUAGAAUGAUGCUUUUCCGAGUUUUAUGCAUUUUUAUGUUGUUUGUGCACAUUAUUAAGCCUUUUUUAAAAGGACAGAGAAUUGAAAAGUUCUCUUACUGUGUGAUGAGUGUGAACAUUGCUUUUCCAUUUGAUAUCACAACUUCGGGCAUUCAAAUAUUUAUAUUAGCUCUCAUUUUUAUUUACAAAAAGAAUUUGACCAUUUGAUCUCACUAUAAAUGAUUUCAUAUAAAUUGCACACAAUUUUUAAUGUUUCAAAUUGAUAAAUGUGCAAGUCAAAGGUACAAAGGUAAAAUUGCUUUUGGAUAUAUAUAUAUAUCAUUAAAACUGAUGACUAAAAUGUAAAAUACAAACUUGAUCUCUACUGCAUUCACUGGUUGUCUCACAUAAAUUAUAUUUUUGUUUGGAAUUAUUGUGAAUAGCAUUUGCUUUAUCUCUAUAUUUCAAGGUCAUGUAUUUAAGAGGGCUGGAUGGUUGUGGCCAUUUUUUAGGCUAUAAAGAACUCCUUUGAAUGAAGAGCUCUGUUUAAAGAUAUGGGAAUAUGUUUAAAUUUGAAAUUGAAUAUUUUGAUUUUUUUCUUCCAUAGAUAAUACAUGUAGUUUAAAAAUACCACAAAAAAUAUCAUUUUAAAAGUUUAAAGCAAAUUUGAUGUGUAAUUUUUAUGACCACCCAGCCUCCUUUAAAAGCUUAGAAUUUGCGAAAGAAAAUAACGUAAUAAUCACAUCAUUAUGUGCCAUCCUGAUGUUAUUGGACAGGAUUUUUUUAACAUUUUGUAUGACAUGAUGAUUUAAAAAAACAGAUAUGGGGAUUUGCCAAUUGAAUUUGGAACACUGUGCCAAAGUUAACAGCCUUUACUGUAUUUUUUAAGAGCGAAUAUCUAUGUGGUUUAUACUUUUUGUGCUUUGCAAGGUAACACAUAUUUAUCUUAGUUUUACAUAUGUAAAUUCAGAGAAAAAAAGUGUAAAUAAAAAAGGCAUUAUUUCAACUAUACUUAUUUCACUUUUACACAUAAACUGUGUCUUUUUUUUCUCUCCUUUAAGGAAUAAUUAUAGGAAAGAUAAUUUCAUUGAUCAAUAUAUAUAUAGAGAGACAAAACAAAACAAUUUUAUUAAUGUUCAAAAUAACAUGUUAUUUACGUCUUUGGUUCAAAUAAGAAGUAUUUUGAUUGAUUAAUUCAUGAAAACUCAUAAUUAAAAAUAUUUUGUAAUAAUUUUUUAUUUCAUGCUGUCUCUACCUCUGUUCCUUACUGAUCUAUUUUUGGUGCAGCUGUAAUACUUAAUUAUGAGGUGCAAGUCUCAAGAUGAAUUAUUAAGCAUCAUUUUAUGUCUUCUGUUUUAACAAAUUUAAAAUUUGAUUUUAAAACUAUGACAUGUGUUGACACUUUUUUGUUGAAGUUUUAGAUAAUUUUAUCUGUAACUCUGUUCAUUUACAUGUUUGCCUGAGAGAAACAGACAAGAGAUAUAAAGUCAGCUCCUCCUGUAAUGAAUCUAUAAAUGGAAUGUUUUCUUAAUCUCUUUUUAAAUCAUAAAUGCUUUAACAGGUAUUAAUAUAUAUUUCCCUUGUAAAUAUCACUGUUUUUGAAAAUUAGUUGGACCAAGAUUUGGAAAAGCCAUGUGCUUUAUGAGUUGCAUGUAUAUCAGUUUACCAGUUAAGUAAAGCAACAGAUAAAAAGUGGACACUUGUUUGAAUGUCUAUGUUUUAAAUCACUCCAUUUUGAUUGCGUUCUUUUUUUCCGAAGACUAAGAUGUGCUUAAAUUGUUGAAAUGACACAUUUAUUGCAAAGACAUCAUGUGAUAGGGUUACAAAUGGGCAUUUGAUGAAGCAAGCUUUUGAUUAGAAUUAUUUAAUUAAUAUAAAUGUAGUAUAUGUGAUGUUAUGUGCAGCUUCUAGUACAGAAAUAAAAAAAAAAAGUUUCCAUUGUAAAUUUCUGUCACAAAACUUGUGAUUUAAAGACAUCAACUCCUAAGUCUAUAAAUUAUAUAACACUUUGGUUUGCCCAUAUAUAUAUAUAUAUAUAUAUAUAUAUAUA